GCCGAGCCGAAAUCGCCGCGCAGAGUAUUUAUUCCCGCGCGGCGGCGCGGGCCGCAGAGCCGCGCUGCGGAGCCGCGCUGGAGACCGGCGGGGCGCGCCCGGCCGCACGCUGCCACCCCGGCCCGGCCCGGCCGGCCGCUCCGCGGGUCUCCCCCGAGUCUCCCCGCCGCGCACCGUCUUUUUCUCUUUUUUGACUUAAAACGGUUGGAGGGAGAGAGGAGAGGAAAAAAAAAAAAAAAAAAGCAACUUUUGCAAACUUUUCCAGCCUUGCCGCUCUUCCCUCCCCAGCCGGGCUUCGCGCCGGUGGAGAACUUCGCCUCUGCUAGUUUUACUUUUUUAACUCUUCCCUGCCCUGCAGCCACCUGAUUGUUUUUUUUUUUCCACCCCGUUUCCCCCUCUGCCACUUUCUCGCAUGAAUCUCCUAGACCCCUUCAUGAAAAUGACAGAAGAACAGGACAAAUGCAUCUCCGACGCCCCCAGCCCCACCAUGUCGGAUGACUCCGCCGGCUCUCCCUGCCCCUCGGGAUCCGGCUCGGACACGGAGAACACCCGCCCCCAAGAAAACACCUUCCCCAAGGGUGACCCGGACCUGAAGAAGGAGAGCGACGAGGACAAGUUCCCCGUGUGCAUCCGCGAGGCCGUCAGCCAGGUGCUCAAGGGCUACGACUGGACCCUGGUGCCCAUGCCGGUGCGGGUGAACGGAUCCAGCAAGAACAAGCCGCACGUGAAGAGACCCAUGAACGCCUUCAUGGUGUGGGCACAGGCCGCCCGGAGGAAGCUGGCGGACCAGUAUCCGCAUCUGCACAACGCCGAGCUCAGCAAAACCCUGGGCAAGCUCUGGAGGCUGCUCAACGAGAGCGAGAAGCGCCCCUUCGUGGAGGAGGCCGAGCGGCUGCGGGUGCAGCACAAGAAGGACCACCCCGACUACAAGUACCAGCCGCGCAGGAGGAAGUCGGUGAAGAACGGGCAGGCGGAGCAGGAGGAGGGCGCCGAGCAGACCCACAUCUCCCCCAACGCCAUCUUCAAGGCCCUGCAGGCAGACUCGCCGCAGUCGUCCUCCAGCAUCAGCGAGGUGCACUCGCCCGGGGAGCACUCGGGGCAGUCGCAGGGGCCCCCCACGCCGCCCACCACCCCCAAGACGGACGCGCCGCCGGGCAAGCAGGACCUGAAGCGGGAGGGCCGCCCCCUGCCCGAGGGGGGCCGGCAGCCGCCCCACAUCGACUUCCGCGACGUGGACAUCGGCGAGCUCAGCAGCGACGUCAUCUCCAACAUCGAGACCUUCGACGUCAACGAGUUCGACCAGUACCUGCCGCCCAACGGCCACCCCGGCGCCCCGGCCGCCCACGGCCAGGUGCCCUACGCGGGCGGCUACGGCGUGGGCAGCGCGGCCGGCAGCCCCGCCGGCGCCUGGAUGGCCAAGCAGCCGCCGCAGCCGGCGCCGGCGGCCCAGCAGCCGCCGCAGCCGCAGGCCCCGGCGGCACCGCACGCGCUGGCCCCGCUGAGCGGCGAGCAGGGCCCGGCGCAGCAGCGGACGCACAUCAAGACGGAGCAGCUGAGCCCCAGCCACUACAGCGAGCAGCAGCAGCACUCGCCGCAGCAGCUGGGCUACGGCUCCUUCGGCCUGCAGCACUACGGCUCGUCCUACCCGCCCGCCACCCGCCCCCAGUACGACUACGGCGACCACCAGACCUCGGGCUCCUACUACAGCCACGCCGGCGGCCAGAGCGGCGGCCUCUACUCCACCUUCGCCUACAUGAGCCCCACGCAGCGGCCCAUGUACACGCCCAUCGCAGACCCCUCGGGGGUGCCCUCCAUCCCCCAGACCCACAGCCCGCAGCACUGGGAGCAGCCCGUCUACACGCAGCUCACCAGGCCCUAGGGCCGGGCCGGCGCGUCGAAGAAGUAAACAAAGGCGCGAAGGCAGCAGCGGCAACGCAGAACUUCCUCAGACUUUUCCUCUUUGACAUUUGGAACGAAAAAAGACAGGCAGCAGACGCUGCGGCGAGGCCGGCGGGGAGGGGGGGACGCCGGGAGCCUUCUGCACUACAGCAUCCUCCGGGGAGGGGCGAGGCCGCGCCGAGACCCGGCACAACUCGCCGCACGCUUCCCGAGCACCGGACUCUAACGUCCCUUCAAGCACGCAGCGGGGACACGAGACCUCUAACCACCCAGCUCACCCGUCUGCUGUCUGGACUUCUGUAACAAUUUUUUUUUUUUUUUUAGCAGUAAUUAAAAAAGCGAAAAAAAAGGGGGGGAAUAAAAAGUAAAAAAAACUCAGAGUCCUCUGUGAGGAAUAUUCUCUAUUUUAAAUAUUUUUUAGUAUGUACUGUGUAUGAUUCGUUACCAAUUUGAGGGGAUUUAUACAUAUUUUUUAGAGAUUUUUAAAAUGCUCUUAUUUUUCCAACAGCUAAAAAUGACACUUAGUGGAGCAGCCCUAGGUUUUCUUGCGGUCAGAGGUAUUUUUGUAUAGAUGAGUGUCUCUUUCUCUAAAAAAGGAAAAAAAUAAAAAUAAAGAAGCGAAAGCGCGUGCGUUUGACUCGGACCGAGCUCUCGCGAAGCGGCAUCGCCGGGCUCGGCUGCGCUCGGCUCCGCGGCCGGGGAGGUGCGAGCGGAGCAGAAGAGGCUUUAUUUUUCUAACUCCAAAAUAGCAAAGCAAGCCAGGAGGAGAUUUUAUUUUUUCAUGACCAUGAGCCUUAAGAAAAAAAAAAAAAAGAUACAGCAGAAAGUGCUGAGAAGCCUUAAACGCAGCCGGGGGGCCGCCGGGGCUCCCCCGCUUCGGCUGCCGGAGCACGCUGGAGACAUCAGAGAGCCUUUAAAUUAUUUAUUUUGAGCUCAGAGCAGUUUUUGAAUCACAGCUUUCCUUUUCUCUCAUCCCCCUUCUCUUUUAACCCCUUUUGAAAGCGAUUGCGUUUGCUGGAGCGUUCUUUGGGAGGUGACCGUGCCUGUUAAAUUAUGGUCUAAACCGUAGCCAGUUCUUUAUUUAUCUCUUUAAUUCUUUUUUUUAUUAUUAUUAUUAUUAUUCUUUUUGGAAUCUGUGUCCUGGGUUUGUACAAACUUGUGCUCUUCCUUUUUUCUUUGGUCUAAGGAUAAACUGGAAAAAAAAAACAGAAUUUGUACAAACUGAAGAUUGCAAAUGUAGCGUAUCACUGAACCAGUUGCCUUGUUUCCUGCCUCGGCUCCCCGGGACACGCGAGCUCGCGCGAGGACGAGACCCGGCGGUGAGGCCCGCGCGCGGGGGGCACCGUUUUAGCCUUCCACCCCCAAUACUGUCUUGAGGUGGGGACACUGACUUUGGUGAAGCUGUGGCUGAACAGUUAAGGAUUGCUUUUUAAAAAAGACAGCAAACUUUUUUUAUUUAAAAAAAAUGAUAUAUUUGUUAACAUUUUUUUUUUAGGGAUUCAGUAGAAGAAAAAAUCUUAAAGCACUCUUAUAAUAUGGCAUCUCUCUAUUUCUGUAUAAAAGCAGAUCUUUUUAAAGUAUUUCUGUAACUUAAAAGACCUGUCAUUUAAAUCAUAUUUUGUCUUUAGGUAAGUUUUUUUGUUUUGUUUGCAAGAUCCUUCUCUUUGUGAAACUUACCUUUUUUGUAUAUUAUUGUUUGCAAUAAAUAUACAUUGUAUUAAAAGUUAAAAACCC